CCAUGACCCAGAUACACGAAGCUAUAUAACGACUUGAAAGAUGUCUACAAUCGUUUGAGGCAGGAUUCCAGCCGGGUUUGCAAGUAAGGUGCUCCGGCAGUAGUAACCAUGAUGCACUACCCACUGGAAUGAGCGCCAAGGGCGGUGCCGGACGAGACGCUCAGGGGCGCACGAGCGUCAUUCUUCUAUCUCGCCUUCGCACUGCUCAACCGACACUUCAGUACUUGUCGUUUACCAGAUAAUGUCCCUGUUUCCCUGGUCUCGACAGACUAAGGCCGCGAAGGUCAUUUCACCAACAGAUACCAUAGUGUUCAUCAUAGGCCCUUCAGGCUCGGGAAAGAGUCGGUUUUUUGAUAUCCUUUUACAAAUCGCAAAGUCUCAUAUUUCGCUCCAUGGUGGACGGAAAUCCCCUACAACGGAGGUUUAUGCGGAAAGGUGCCGUUUCGAGGGAGACGAAAGAGACAUCGUCCUUGUGGACACGCCGUCCUUUUACACUAACACUGGCGGGGAAGAGAUUUUGAAAAAAUGGAUAGAUUCAAAUUUUACUGCGUUUUCCAAGGCAUCUGGGAUUCUGUACAUGCACAGUGUCGAAUCAAACCCGGACGAUGCAGACAUGAGGGUAUCGAAGCACUUCGAAGCAUUCUGGCGUGCUUGCCCUCGAAAUCUUGGCCCUAGCGCCGGGCAUAUCGUGCCCACAAUAUUUUCGCGGGCGGGGCUAACCGCUCAGGAUUUCGGAGCAUUAAUGGCACAGCUGCGACAUCAGGCAAAUGUCGUAGGUGCAUCGAUGCUCAGGAUAGUGUUCGACGGAGCACCCGUCAUGGCGCGGCUCAUUAUCCAGGAGUUUUUAAACUGCUUAGGACGAAGGAAGCGCCCGUUCGGGCGGAGAUCCAAGGAGUUUAAAGAAAAGCGCUGGCUUGAGUUGGGGCCCCCGUUCUUGAAGGACGCGAAGAAAGCGGCCCUAGACAAGAUUACCCUCAAGCGGCUUGCAUUGGAGAGUGCUCCAGUAGGACAUCCAGACCGUCGCUCAGCUGUCAUCAGCCUUGCUGAUGCAAUCUCUGAGUGGUACGGAAAGGAAGGGAUCAAGGCCGAUUUAGACGAGAUAAUCUGCCUGCGGCGUAUUGUGCUGGAAGUUACUCCUCCACAGCACCGGGAACACUUUGCAUCCUUGGUCAGCCUUGCGAAUUUCCUUGAGGAGCGAUACCGGAGGGAACAUAUCCCAGACGACCUGAUGGAAAUUAUCACACUCCGACGUGCUGCAUUGAAAUUGGCUCCUUUGGGGCAUCCAGAACGUCGUUCGUCUCUAGUCAACCUCGCAGAUUACCUGGGUGGGAGAUGCCAGAGGGAGAGCUCCACGGAAGAUUUGAGCGAGGCCAUCAUUCACCAACGUGCUGCCCUAGAACUCACGCCCCCAGGACACCCAGAGCGCUUGGCAUCACUCAACUGCCUCAUAAAUCUUCUGGACAAGCGAUUCACGGAGAAGGACUCAAUGAAUGAUUUGACGGAAAUGAUCACACUCCGGCGUGCUGCCUUGGUACUCACUCCGCCGUGGCAUCCACAUUACCGUCUGUCUCUGGUCCGCCUUGCGAGUUGCCUAGACCAGCGAUACCGGAUGGAGCUGGCUAUGGAAGACCUGACGGAAAUCAUUAACCUCCAACGUGCUGCGCUAGAACUCAGUAGCCCGUGGUAUCCAGAACAUCUUGCGUCCCUUGUCAGCCUCUCAGAUAGCCUGGACGAGCGACUUCAGAGGGAGCAUGCCAUGCAAGGUGACACUGAAAUCAUCACUCACCGACGUGCUGUAUUGGAACUCAUUCCUCCACGGCAUCCACAACGCCUUGUAUCUAUUGUCAAGCUCGUGAAUUUCCUGGAUGAGCGAUUUAGGAAGGAGGAUCUCGUGAAAGAUCUGACGGAAAUCAUCAACCUCCGACGUGCUGCGUUGGAAGUUAUUUCACCAGGGCAUCCAGAUUACUCUGGGUUUCUCCUCAAACUCGCGAAAGCCCUAGGCGAGCGGUUCAAGAAAGACGGCGGCAUAGAAGAUUUGGCGGAGCUCAUUGCCCUUCGACGUGCUGCACUGAAGCUCACUCCUCCGGGUGAUCCGGAACGGCGAACUUUUCUCCUCAACCUUGCGAAUUACCUAGAGGAGCGAUUCAGGAGAGAUGGUUGCAUGGAAGAUCUGAUGGAGCUCAUCUCCCUUUACCGUGCCGUGCUGGAACUUACGUCCCCAAAGGAUCCAGAACAUCUUCCAUCUCUCGCCAGACUCGCGACUUACCUGGAUGAGCGAUUCAGGGGGGGAAGUGCUAUGGAUGAUUUGAGAGAGAUCAUUGCCCUUCGUCAUGCUAUGCUGGAGCUCAUGCCCCCAGAGGAUCCAGAAUAUCUGCCGUCUCUUGCUAAACUCACGAGAUAUCUGGAGGAACAAUUCAGGAUGGAUGGUGCAGCUGAAGAUGCCAUGGAAAACCUCGCAUCUCAACGCGUUCUGUUGGAAUGCGCUCCCUCGCAGCAAUCAGACCGCCGCUCAGCUCUUGUCGGUCUUGCCGAUGCACUUUCUGAAAGAUUUUGGGACAAACGGGAGAAAGUUGUUUUAGAUGUGAUAAUCACCGUUGUACGGGGUGUGCUGAAAUCCACUCCUCCGGAACAUCCAGAACACUUUGCCUCUCUCAUCAUCGCUGUGAAUUACCUGGACCAGCGAUAUAACAAGGAGAGCGCCGUGAAGGAUUUGAUGGAAAUCAUCACUCUUCGACGUGCCAUAUUGGAAUUCACUCCCUCAGAGAAACGUCUGGAGGCUCUCGUCAACCUCGCGAACAACCUGGACGAGCGGUUUAGAAAGGAGGGCGCCAUGGAAGAUUUAAUGGAAGCCAUAAUCCACCGACGUGCGGCAUUGGAACUCAUUCCACCGGGGCAUCCGGAACACCUCGCGUCUCUCGCCGGCCUUGCAAACAACCUGGACGAGCGAUUUAGGAGGAAGGGUGCUAUGGAAGAUUUGACGGAAGUCAUUACUCUCCGACGUGCUGUGGUAGAAUCCACUCCCUCAGCAGAACGCCUGGUGGCACUCGUCAACCUCAUGAAUAACCUAGAUGAGCGAUUUAGGAAGGAGGGUGCUAUGGAGGAUUUGACGGAGAUCAUCAUCCUCCAACGUGCUGCACUGAAGCUCAUUCCGCAAGGGCAUCCUCGACGCCGUGUGUGUCUGACGGACCUUGCGAAUAACUUGGAUGAGCGAUUUAGGAGGGAGCGCGCUAAAGAAGAUUUGACAGAAAUCAUUACCCAUCGACGUGCUGCAUUGGAACUCAUGCCGCCAGGGCAUCCAGGACGCCUUGCGCCUCUCGUCGCCCUUGUGGACUUUCUGGACAAGCGAUUCGAAAGCGAGAGUACCUUGACGGACCUAGAAGGAAGGAUCUCUCUCCGACGAGUUAUCUUAGAGUGCACUUCUCCAGCCUCUCCCGAUCGAUUCAUGUCUCUAGUCAACCUUGCAACCUGCCUUCGUGAAAAAUACCAGAGACUGGGUGUGGAUGCGGACGCGGAACUGGAUGAAGCUAUCAGACUUGCGCAGGAUGCGGUGGCACUCUGUCCUCCGGAACAUCGAUUAUCAGCUCGAGCAUGCCUUGCGAACUGUAUCGAACUGAAAAUCAAGAAACGGGACUCACCAGUUGUCACCCCUAACUCUGAUAUCAAACAAAUGAUCUCGAACAUCGUUGACGAAACCGUUAUCCCACUGCGAUUGCUGAACACAGAAACUGGAGCCCUAUGCGAUCGGGAUGCACAGAUGUUGCGUUUCGAGCGUAGUGAUCUAUACAGUGAACUACUCUCGUCGGUCUCUAUGUUGGAUGACCGGAAACUGGAAGCCCUGGUCCGGAAGGCUGUCUCGAAAUUCUUUCGGUACGCCAUGAUGUCUCAUAGGUGGGGAAGGGGUGAACCAUUACUCUGCAACAUGCGAGAUACAAGCAUCUACUACUUGCCUAGUGGUGACGGGGUCGUGAAGCUCCAGAGCUUUUGUCUUCUUGCCUUUAGGCAAGGUUUUUUGUGGGCGUGGAGCGAUACGUGCUGCAUCGAUAAAGGCAGCAGCGCGGAGGUGCAAGAGGCCAUUGGGUCCAUGUUCUCUUGGUACCGUCGGGCAGCUCUGACGAUCGUGUACCUGUCAGACGUGCCCGACAGAGCCUCAUUCACCAACAGCGUGUGGUUCAAACGAGGUUGGACCCUCCAGGAGUUGCUGGCUUCUCCCUCGGUCUUGUUUUAUAUGCCCGACUGGACACUCUACAUGGACAGCGCAUCAUCGAAUCACAAAGCAGAUGUCAGCGUGCUUGAGAAGCUCCGAAGCGCUACAGGCAUAGCCGAUGGGCAUCUCAGGAACUUCCGCCCCGGUAUGGAUGAUGCAAGAUCGAGGCUCCAAUGGGCGUCAGCACGUCGUACCACCAAACCGGAAGAUAUUGCCUAUUCGCUUUUUGGAAUUUUUGACCUCCACCUACCAGUUCUAUAUGGAGAGUCUGCGGAGAAAGCCCUGGGACGUCUUUUAGCGGAGAUCAUUUCACAGUCGGGAGAUGUUUCAGUUUUGGACUGGGUUGGACAGCGGUCAACUUUCCAUAGCUGUUUCCCUGCCACGCUCAGGCCGUAUCAGACUGUGCCCUACAUGCAAUCGACCCCCGGUAAUCCUGCCGGACGGAGCGACAUUAGUAUGAAACGGGUGUGGAAGCUGUACAGAACCAUCGUCAAGUUACCGCGCCCCCGUUUCGUCAACCGCAGGCUUGCGUUACCUUGUUUCCGUUACCCAAUUACAGCAGUCAAACUAUUAGGACCGUCAUACGACUCUUCGCGUCACGAAUAUGAAAUCUAUGCAUCUGAUCUGAAGCCUCUCCGAGUCACGAUUUCGGUCGACCUCCAGGAAGGUUCAGGCAGUCACUUGCCAUACACUCUCAUUCGUCCUUGGGAUCCAAAAUGGUUGCUUCCCGGAGCGAAGGACAGCGCUGUAUGGAUGCUACUGGAGCGCUUUGAGCAACCAUUCCAUGCGCUUCUGCUCAAGACGUUGCCUCACAACGAGUACACCAGGAUCGCAUCUGAUUGCAAAAUCAUCGCUCACGCUCAGGGCUCAGCCAGUAUCAUUAACAACGAGCCUGAAGUACUGGAAAUUGUAUAA